ACUUCAUCACGUGACAGCGAGUCUUGUGACAGUGCAGCAGGAAAAACGUCGUUUUUGAGUUUGAUAACGAGUUUCAGUCGUUACCAAACCUAGAUUUCUCUCAUAAACGAGAGAAAUCAAGAACAGGUCGCUAUGGCGCAUCUUUAGGACAUUUACACGUCUUCAAACCAUUCCUGUCCCGAAGCUGUAAGAGCGCGUUAAAGUCGCAUGGGGAAGAGUGGAGGAACUUUCAUCCAAUCUUUGUUUUGGUUUUUGUUUGCGUUAGUCCAAGUGAUCGUUCAAGCUCAAGGAGAUUUGAAACUAGUUUUCUGAAGUGGACAGGACGCCUCGGACUGGAUAUGGAUACUAAACCUCUUCUCCAGGACAGACCUCCGGCGUACAACACGGUCCCGGCGGCGUACGACUACGGCUCGUUCCCCGCGGCCGCUGCUCCUGCGACGGGCUUCCAGCCUCAGGCUCCGCCGCCCUACCAAGGUUUCCCAGCCGCCACCUCAGGGUAUCCGGCCGCCGCAUCAGGGUAUCCGGGCGUCCCGGGCCAGCCUGCGGCCGUGGCCACCCAGCCGGCCUACACCAGCACCUACACCAUCGUCCAGCCCUCGGUGGUGGUGGUGGGGGGGUGUCCGGCCUGCAGGGUCGGCGUGCUGGAGGACGACUUCACGUGUCUGGGAAUCAUGUGUGCCAUAUUCUUCUUUCCUCUGGGAAUUCUCUUCUGCCUGGCCCUGCGUCAGAGGAGAUGUCCAAACUGUGGAGCCACUUUCGGCUAGAGGGACCAAACCCCCCCACCCCCCCCGUCGCUGUCUUUUUAAUUCAGUUUUAAGCAUCAGCAUAAGUUUAUCUGUAAUCAUUGCACACGAAAAAUGCAAAAUGUCGCUUAACGCAAGUAUGACAGAUCACAAUAGUAACCAGCCACAAACUUUUUGAUUACUUCGAGAUGGUCGUCCAUGUUUUUAGUUUAUACACGCCUCGCAAGCACUAUUGUUUUUUUGUUGUUGUUGUUGUUUAUAUGAAAUCUUAAAGCCAGUCUCCAGUCAUCUAAUCACUAGUGCCUUUCCGACGGCAGAGAAACCAUGAACUGAUGGAGCCGGGA